UGCUCCCACAGAUGUCAAGGCUACAAGUGUGUCUGUGUCAGAGAUUCUUGUUGCAUGGAAACAUAUUAAAGAAAGUCUAGGAAGACCACAGGGAUUUGAGGUCGGUUAUCGGAAAGACAUGGAACAAGAAGAUGCAGCAGAAACAGUCAAAACUAGAGGAAAUGAGUCAUCUGUCAUUCUAACAGGAUUAGAAGGAAAUACUUUAUAUCACUUCAGAGUGAGGGCUUAUAAUGGUGCUGGAUAUGGGCCACCUAGCAGUGAAGUGAGUGCAACCACCAAGAAAUCCCCCCCUAGUCAAGCACCUAGCAAUCUCAGGUGGGAACAGCAAGGUUCUCAACUUUCUCUUGGCUGGGAACCUGUCAGACCAUUAGCCAACGAAUCUGAAGUCAUGGGCUACAAGGUUUUUUACAGGCAAGAGGGGCACAGCAACAGUCAAGUUAUUGAAACACAGAAACCUCAAGCAGUAGUACCACUCCCUGAUGCUGGAGUCUAUAUUAUUGAAGUUCGAGCAUACAGUGAAGGAGGGGAUGGAACGGCUAGUUCCCAAAUCAGGGUGCCAUCCUAUUCAGGUUCAAAAAUCUCCAUAGAUGUCCAUGGUAGUUCCAAUUCAAAAAGUGGAAGCCACGUCAAAGAAUAA